CACACACACGCACACACACACAUACUGGCAAACACUUGUAGCUCAACAAUUUGAUUGUCACGCUUAUCGUUGCUUAUCUGAACGAAUACGAAAUAUAGAAAAUAUAAAAAUCAGCCAAUCAUCGUUAUAGGGGUUUGCAUAAAUAUUACCAGUGUUUCACCAUCCGUACACGGAAUCGCAACAAAAAGUAAAGAGAAGCUUAUAGAACAGCGUGCAAUAUGGCAGUCGGUGAUAUACUUAAUGAGAUUUUGACCAGUCCUAUGAACAUAGGACUUUUGGCAGUAAUCUUUUACCUAAUAUACAAAAUAAUCCGUGAUCGCAACGAUGGUGGUCGUGGACCACAGAAACCAGCCGAACCGGAAUUACCCAAAUUGAAGAGAGAUUUCACCAUUGAGGAACUGAAGGAAUUCGAUGGCAAUCAACCCGAUGGUCGCGUUCUGGUUGGCGUUAAUGGCAGUGUAUACGAUAUGACCAAGGGCAAACGUUUUUAUGGUCCCGGCGGACCAUAUGCCAGCUUUGCCGGUCGUGACGCAUCCCGCAAUUUGGCUACAUUCAAUACCGAGCCCAACGAUAAGACGGAGUAUGACGAUUUGAGCGAUUUAACUCCCGCCGAAAUGGAUUCUGUGCUGGAAUGGGAAUCACAGUUCAAGGUGAAAUACGAUUAUGUAGGCAAACUGCUACGCCCGGGCGAGAAACACACCAACUAUGAUGAAGAACUGGAGACCCAAAAGGAUGAGCCCGAAACGAAAAAGGAGAACUAAGAGAACCAUCUACCACCUACAUAUUUACAUACACAUGUGUAACCAUUAUACCUAUCUAUGUUUUGUUUUUACUAAUUGUUUAUUGUUUUCAAAAUCUUGCUGUCCCAGAGAGACGCUCUAUUGCGUCUUCGUUUAAAAUUUGUUAAAGGGAUAAGAGAUACCAAAGGAUCGGGGACAGCAGAUACAGGAAAGGGUUUAUAUUUUCUUUCACUUAACGACUUGUCGUUUUUUUUUCUUCUCCUUAGAUACAUAUAUACUAUAUAUACAUAUAAAGUAGAUUUAAAACCAAUAGUAAACUGUUAACACAGUUAGUUAAGUAAAAUAAACCAAAACGAAUUAAUUUGAAUAUAUAUACAAAAA